UUCCUCCCAUUCCCUCUUUUCUUUUUCCUUCCUCUGAUCCUAUCCCCGGAAGUCUUAACUUUUGCUUAUUCUUCUGGCUAAAUGGCAACAGCACCAUCACCAGAGGGAAAAACAGAACCUAAACCUGCGGAACCCAAACCAGAGUCCAAAGAAGUAGAAGAAAAUCCAGAGCCUCUCAAGUACAAAACAUGGGUUUUGAAAGUCUCCAUUCACUGUGAAGGCUGUAAGAAGAAAGUCAAAAAGAUCUUGACAAACAUAGAAGGUGUUUAUGCUACGGAUAUUGAUUUGAGGCAGCAAAAAGUGACAGUAAUGGGUAACGUUGAUUCAGAGAUUUUGCUCAAGAAAUUGAUAAAGAAGACAGGGAGACAUGCAGAGUUGUGGCCUGAAAAAGCCGAUCAAAAACAGAAAAAACAAGGAAAAGGGAAGAGCAAAGAGAAACAGAGCAACCCUGAAAGCAGCGGGGAAGAAACCACCCACGGCGGCGAAGAAGAGAAAGAAACAGUGACGAUCGAAGUUCCAGCAAAUCAAGAGCCUCCUAAAAGCAGCGGAGGCGAAAAUGGAAACAGUACCAGCGGCGGUACCGCUGUCAAAGUCAGUGACGGCGACGGCGCAACCGGCAAAGUCGGUGUUCAGGUCAAGGAAGCAAAGCCCGAGGUCAAGCAGGGCGUCACAUCUCCGGCCGGUAGUCAGCCACCGGCGUCGGAGAGUGAAGGUGGUGCGGAGAAAAGCGGCGGUGGCAGUGGAGGUACAAAGAAGAAAAAGAAGGGGCAAAAAGGGAAUACAACAAGCAAUGUAGUUGAGGGCGAACAGUCUGGCGAACAGUCUAGCGAUGCACCCCCGGGUACCGGAUCAUUACCCGGUAACAUUCAGGUGCAGCCUGUACAUGCUACUGUUCCACCUGCAGCCAAUCACAGCCCUCCACAUCAGCAUUUUCGUGAGCACCCAUCGCAUUACUAUACAGGGCCGGUGCACGCUGUCAGCUACAAUACAACACAACCAAGCAGUAGCUAUACUGCAUCUUAUCACAGUGCACCACCUUCAUACGCGUACGUGCACCAGGGUCCCAUGGCUGAACCUAGACCUGAUCAUAACCCGUACCCGUACCCGUAUCCACCAUCACAAUCAUCGGAUUCAUUCGAGAUGUUUAGUGAUGAAAAUCCAAAUGCAUGUUCAGUAAUGUGAGAGUGUGAUAAAUGAAGGUCAUACUACUUGUAUAAGCUGAAAUGGGAAGGAGGGUAAUUUUGAAAUGAAUGUAGAUAUGGAAGGAAAUCUUAGAGGGCAAGUUAGGGUAAAAAUGGAGGAAAAAAAUGAAGAGGGAAGUUGGGUAUGGGGCCUUUUUCCUCUUGUUGUUUGUUGGUGCUAAGCUUUUCCUUUUUCUAGCCCUUUUUACUCUUUCAAGGUUGGUUUGAAAGUUAUAAUAUAAGUUUUAUGUUAGCCUUGUAAUGCUUAGUCGUUAGUAGGUCCUCAUUGUUUCCUCUCCUCUCUUUCUCUUUCUUUUAUGUAAAGAGAACAUUUGGCAAUUUUGGCUGCAC